ACCUCAAGUCUGAUCCCGCGAAUGAUGCGGAAAUGCUGCGCGGCAGGCGAUUCACAGUGAUUUGCGCCGGGGCAGCCCGUGAGGGGCGAGCAGUGCUAGACAGCCUGGGUACUGCUUUGCUGUGUUCAGGCCGGGCGCUGGGGCAGAGCGAGCCCGCGGCACCGGCACGGAGCGAGCCAGCAUCUCCCCGCACCGUGCGCACCCCGCCCCCAGCGGGAACAAUCCCCGGCGUUACGCCCCCUGCGCUGCGGUUCGCUCUGCCGCCGGCCCACGCAGCGGGGCGGGCCGGGCCGGGCCGGGCCGGAGGUGGCCCCACCGCCCGGCGCGGCUCAGCGGCCGCCCCGCUCCCCGCCCCCGGCAGCUGGCGCCGCACUCGCCCGCCUCCCGCCAUGCUGCUCCCAGGGGCGCUCCGCCGGCCCCUUGCCGCCGCCCGCCUGGCCCGGGCCUGGGCCCGCCCUGAGGUACUUGCAUUCCUUGCUACAGGGCCCAGACAAAAUAAUAGCAUUUUCUAUGAAAUUCGCACGUAUGAUAUUAAGCCAUCGAAGAUGAAGGAGUUUGUGGAAAUGGCCAACAAGUACUUUCACCUUCGCACAGCUCACUCAGAGCUGGUGGGAAUCUGGUCUGCGGAGCUGGGAGCGAUGAAUAAGGUGGUCCACAUUUGGAAGUAUGAUAAUUUUGCUCACAGAACAGCGGUCCGGCAUGCACUAGCCAAUGACAAAGACUGGCAGGGAAAAUUCAUCUCCCCAGUUCUCCCCUUGAUAGAAAAGCAGCACAAUGAGGUUGCUUAUUUGGUACCCUGGUGUCAACUUGGGAAGCCUCUAAAAGAAGGGGGCGUAUAUGAAUGGGUUACUUUCCAGAUGAAGCCUGGUGGGCCAGCAUUGUGGGGUGAAGCAUUUCGAGCUGCAGUCAAUGCUCACAUCAACACAGGCUACACCAAGCUGAUUGGUGUUUUCCACACAGAGUAUGGAUUACUUAACACAGUCCACGUGAUGUGGUGGAAUGAGAGCCCAGAUCACCGGGCAGCGGGAAGGCACAGUGCCCAUGAAGAUGCCAGAGUGGUAGCAGCUGUGCGGGACAGUGUCAGAUUCUUGGCCUCCCAGCAAAAUGUGCUCCUGAUUCCUCUGCAAUGCUCGCCGCUGAAGUAACCUUCUUCUAAUGGAUGUAACCUAUGGCAGAAAGGCCAGGAUGGAAGUGCUGUCAGCAGGUGCCAUCAGGUGGACAUGUGAUGUCAUGAACAGAGCUGUUCUUCAAUUUACAAGAAAUGGGUACAAAAUGCUGACCAUUAGCAAUGUAAAUCAGUAAAAUUUGGAAGCCUGAUAGCAACUGCUAAACAGAAGUUUAUGGUGAAGUUCCUACACCCCCAGGAAAAAGAACUCUAGCAGUAUCACUUAUGGCAAGAACCACGCUGCACCUGUCUUUAACACAUCAGUUCUUAAAACUUUUCUUCAUAGCUAGAUCACUUCUCUAACCUAGUAAGUUAAGUGUUCUUUUCCAGUGGUACAGCUCAGAGCUGGUAUCGUUUUCAUAACAUACUUUGGUGAUGCUCCUAAUUAUCACAUUUUCGGUAUUGUGUGCUGGUUUAAGAAGGAACGUCCCCAUGUAUCUGUUACUCAGUUACGCUUUAAUCAGACUUCUCAUUCGAAUGCUUUGAAUUAAUUCUGAGUAAUGUAAACCAUCCAGGUGGCUAGAAUUGCACCUAGGAGGUGCUGCAGUGGAGCUGGUCAGGUAGUGUGUUACGAAAUCUGCCAUGAGAUGAGCAUUUAUUCUCUGUCUUGUAGUUUGCUUCAUCCCUUUCCCUUUUUGUUCAGUAAAAACUUCCUCAAAACUGUGGAUUACAUAAUGCUUUGCCUUAGGUAUUUUAAUACUUGUUUAGAGUGCUGAAGUCGGUUAGCCCUUCUUGUUCGAUUGUGUAGUCAAACACACCUUACAUUACACCUACAAACAGAUGCUUACAUUCUUUGAAAUACUCUUUGCCAGACUGUUAAAAAACAAAUAAAUUUGUAUAAAGCAUGAA